AUGACAGGCAGCCUUCUGUCAGGACUGGCACUUGCCACCGGCCAUCAUUUCUUCUACGACUAUCUCAAUGACAGAAUUGUUGAAAGCCAGAACCAACAAGAGUGGUUUCUGCGCAUUGGAACUGGAAUGGCGUUUCUCGUAAGAGCAUUGUUAUCAGCAGCCGUCGGCAUCGCAUACACCCAGAUACUUUGGCGGACACUGAGAUCGAAAUCUAUCACCAUCGAAGGAAUCAAUUCGUUAUUUGGUGUUUCGCACACUGCGUGGGAUUUCACGGCUUUGGAAUUGUGGACAGCUGCUCCAGGACUUGCUAUUGUAGCCAUGAUAGCAUGGGCUCUCCCACUUAUUGCAGUUAUCACGCCGGCUACAUUAAGUAUUGAGAUAUCUUCCGAGACGAAUGUAACGGUCGUCCAUAGCUUUAUUCCAAGCAUCGAUUACGGCCGCACUCUCUGGUACGGUAGCUUCGUGCAAGGAGGUCUCACCAUCUCGUCACACGUCAUCAGGACUCUCCUACCAGUGGCAACUCUAGGCGCCAUCCUCCCGAUCGCCGCUCCGUUUCCCAAUUCCUCCUACACGCUGGAAUUUUACGGGCCUACAAUUUCAUGUGAUAGUCCCCAGAACGACUCCUUCAGAGAAUCGAUAGAGAAAAUUAUUAACAGCGACACAACGGAUGGGGACUACAUGACAUACGUUAGCUUUGUCCCAGUUUCAGAGAAUAUGACUUCCUCGGCUUCCGAGGCAGGCAUAUGGAACGGCGAUGCCAUAGAGGGGUUGCUGCAUGCGUUGAAUGACACUCUGGUUUAUACGACGCCUGCCUUAGACUUUACCGCCAAUAUCACAAAUGGAGACCGGGGUGGUAACCCAGCGACUUUCUACGUCCUCGUCCCAGAUAGACCAUCUGGACAUGCAAACAGGACCAUCGAGUGCCAGCUCCACAACGCGACUUAUUCGCUGAAUAUUACUUUCGACAACGGUUUACAAGACAUAAGAUACAAGACUAAGCGACUGAACGGGGUUUCAGCCUACGAUACCAGACAUUGCUUUCCCGAGCCCACUAGUCAUUGCAAUCAAACCAAUGCGUACCUCACCCUCAUGGCGGCAAUGGGGGAUAUGUUGUUCGGUACUCAACGGUGGUCUGGUCGGAUGCAUCGGACGCGAAUAGCUCAUACUGUUCUCGUUGAUUUGCCGGAUAUGAACUAUAACUAUCGGGGCUACGAGAAGCCAAAGUCUUUGAUUGGCAAUUUGUCAUUGUCUGAUGCGCUUGAGCAGAUGUUCGAGAACACGACGAUAAGUCUGUUGAGCAACUCUGAAUUUCUACAAAACGAUACCACCGGUCCUGUAACCCGCUUUUCUGCACAGAACGCCUUCUCCUACGAGCCCCGCAACCUUUUUAUCGCCUAUGGGAUAGGUAUACUAUUUUCUUUGAUCGUUGUGAUCUUUGGACUGUUGUGUAUCAAGUCUGCCUCUGCAUCGUACACGAAUAGCUUCUCGACCAUCCUGCGGACGACGCGGAAUCCUGAGCUUGACGCUGUCGUGCCUUCUGCAGAGACUUCAGGCGCAGAGCCUUUGUCAAAGCAUCUAAGCAAUGUUCGGCUGGUUUUGAGACGGCAAGGCAACGGGUUGGAAGUCAGCGAUGGUCAAUCUACUUUCUUCGCAGUGGAUACGAAGCAAGAUGAUAUGAAGGAGGAACGAGCGGAACGUCCGACUGAGUCUUUGCUUAAGCCGGACAGGAGGCAUCCAAAAUCGGAUGUGGAUGAGAUAUCAACUACGCAAGAGGGCUCAGAUGUUAAUCUGAAUCACAACAAGGACGCUCGAAAUCCUGGACUAGCUAUCAUGGAUCCACUUUCUAUCGUUGCUAUCUUGGCAGGUGUUGUUGAGGUCGUGAAGACCGGUACUUCUCUUUCAAAAGACCUACAUCGUUUCUACGCCUCAAUUCAAAAUGCGCCUCGCGAGGUACUUGACAUAGUGGCAAGGUUAGCCGAUCUCUCAUUCAUUCUAGGGGAGCUACACGACUUCUUAGAAAAGAAUAAGGACCUAUGCAAGCGCCAUCUCUUGAAAAUCAUUAUUUCUACGAUGGACAGAAUAUCCGCCAUCCAUAAGGAGCUCAAAGGUCUCAUGGAUGGUCAUGCAACAUUGCAGAGGCUUCUGUGGGUAUACAACAAGCCUGAAGUUCAGUACAAGCUCAGCGUGAUCGAGAGUCAUAAAAGUGGUAUUCAACUUAUACAGAACACUCUGCUUCUAGCAGCGUUGACGAGAAAUGAGAAGAAAUCAGGAAAGGCCAACAAGAAGGUCAAGCCCGCCGACAAGCAUGGAAAGAAGAAGAAAGAAUCCAAAAUUGCACACGUUCGACAACAAGCAGAGAACCUGACAUAUGCGUCGUCUAAUUGUAUCACGGAGCUUUCAAACCAACAGCGUUCACGGUCUGAUGAGCCCAGCUUGGAACUACAGGACAGCGAGAUCGCUGAAGGUGACGAGAAAAACAAGCUGAUACGGUUUCGAACUCUGGACAAGCGCCCCGACGAUACCGCGACUUGGCUCUACAACCUAGUCUUCGAGCCUUUGGCCCAGUCAAAACAGGACCCUAGCUCUCAGAGCACCGAAUCCACCGAUAUAGGUGGAGGCAGCUCAGAGAUCACCAUUGGCAUACCUGCAGAGUUGCAAACGGCUAUAUACGAGCCCGGAGUGAGCUCUUAUAUCGUUGACAAGCUAUUGUCUGACUGGACCAUUGAGGAAGAAAACCUUGAAGAUCCAGGGACUGAACAGAGUGCGAUACAAGAGACCAACGAUUGCAAAUGUCACAAGGGAGGAAAACAGUCCAUCACGUUCAACGCAGUUGGGCAACAAUUCACAUUCCCAUUCCAUCUUAUUAGAAAAUGGAAGGGCAUGGAGCAGAAGAUCAAAGAGGCACUUGGACGGCAUGAUGCAAUUGGCCAACAAAUCUUGAACGGCCAAUACGACGUUAUCGGUCCUACAGGCAGUAUCAUAAUGCCCAACUGCUGGAGGUUCCUUAUAGAGCCUGGUAUGGACAUUUCAUUGACAAUACCGCAGAUACCAAGUAAGGGUCGAGCGAAACCGUCUGCAGACCUUCAACCUCAAACUGGCAAGAAGGUCAAAUCACCUAGAAUAGUGACCAUGGAUCCGGGAGUGCUCAGCACUGAGCGAAAGCCGACAGAGAAGGCAAAGCCUGCCAUUCGGAGUAAGGCGAAGACUGAUCCCAAGGAUUCUGGGGCCCAAGCAAAGAAGGGAAAACAGUAG